CCCAACAGACGCUUAAGUAUGGUAAGCACAUGGUUGAAAAGAGAAUUGAAAGAGCUUUCUAACGCCGUGCGGGAGUACGGCGUUCGACGAAUAUUGAUUGAUAUACAUGUACGAAUAUAUGAUAUUAAAAAAUGUACGAUUAUUUCGGCAGGAAACACGUGGCCCACGCUAUACGAUAGUGCCUCUUCUAGUUCACAAGGUUAAAUAUAAUUUUAAGAUUUUGUCUGCAUGAGCCUAAAGGUACUAGUAGCUCCCUUUUCACUAUCGGUAAAACAGAUGAAACAGGUUUUUUGUUUAUGAAUUGGGAUACAAAGGAAAAUAAAAAUAAAUGUUAGCAAUUCAAAUAAAUGUUGUGAGUCUUUAGUUCAGACUCUCUAUAAUUUGCAGUAGUACAUCUCAGGUACCUGUCAGGGCAGGUGGAGCAUGAAGGGUAACUUGAUUUAGUACUAUUUGUUUCAUAGUUCAAAUCUGAAUCAAUAUACCUUCCAUAAUCAAUUACUACCUUCUUUUCUAAAUAACGGUACACUUUGCCCUACUCUACUUUUUUCAAAAUAAUGGUGCAGUAUUUACUUAACAGUUUUUGGCUGUUAGAUUCUACAAAUGACUAGGUAGAACACGUACAAUCAGUACUACAGAAAAAAGUCAGCAUGUGCGUGAAUAAAAAUUAUUCUUCCACAUGAAAUUUACAUGUCUAUUAACACAGGAAACAAAAGGUUGACAAUGGUAGUACAGUGCUUCUCUUUUGAAUAAGAAUGACCAAUACAGGAACAUUAUCAUUUAGUACUAUAAUUAGAAUAUCGUGAUAGAGCUCUUAGUCUUAGCUUUCUAUAGCUGCAACUCGUGUGCUAAAAUGACAGGUAGAAGAAACUGACAAUAAAAUCACAUUUAUGUGCCAAAAUAGGCCCUGUUUGAUUAGCUAGUAUCACAAGUACAUCAGACACUUUAUUCUCAAUGAAACCUUUGUAACUGAAUACAUUUAUAUUAGAUCUGUUAUACACCAAAAAAGAAGCAGUCAAAUUGCCCAAGUAUUUAGCGUAAUCCAACCCAGGAGGUGCAAACUGUACGGUACUACCAUUAUUUAGGAACCGAGGUAGACUUUGUAGCAUUUAUUUUAUAUCCCUUUGGUUCUGUUGAACCAAGGACUAACGUUUGAAUUCACAGAAUACUUUGUAAUACCUUUACUACACAUUGCAGAUCAAUUGAAACCAAAUAAGUGGACCCGCUGUGCUGAAAUUACUGUUUAUUUUGGUCUAGUGAAGCUGCUGUAAGACUGGAGCGAAUGAAAAUACUGUUUAUUUUGGUGAAUUUGAGCUGCCGUAAUAGGAGCCUGUGCUGAAAUUACUUAAUGGUCCAGUUAUUUUGCCAGCGCCCGUGCUCAAAGGAAUGAAAUUACUGUUUAUUUUGGUGAAUUUGAGCUGCCGGCCAAGCGCCCGUGCUGAAGGAAUGAAAUUACUGUUUAUUUUGGUGAAUUUGAGCUGCCGAAGCUGCCGUAAGAAAACAAGAAAUUAGGAAAAGUUGUUCUAAGUAAGUUUAUAUUAGGGGAGAAGUUGUUCUAAGUAAGUUUAUAUUAGGGGACGGUAUGUUCUAAGUAAGUUUAUAUUAGGGGACGGUAUGAUUUUUAAUAAUUUUACAACAGCCUUCGAAAAAAGUUACAGUUUAAAUUAUUUUCAUGCUGAAAGUUCCAGUUCUCGUUUUAAGGACCCUUUUUAGGCACGUGCAAGACUGAAUGAAGAAUGUGGAUGAUACUAGGAUCUACAUAGGCCUACGUGAAAAAUUUAACAUUCUGCACCUUAAACAUUUGGAACUUUAUUUCUAACAUUCGGAAUGUUAAUUAAGAUUGGGAACGCCCUGUGAAACGUAGUUUCAAUUGAUCCGCAACGCGUAGUACCCAAACAAGAUCUUGUAAUAUACCCAGAAAUACGCGAGGGAAAUAGGUAUCUUUCUUUGGCUAUUCAUAGAGUUGCUACUGGGAUGGGAUUAGUAAUUUUUCAUUAAUAUAAUCUGGGACUUAUUCAGACGGUACCGUACGUCUCGUCUGGACUUGAAAUUCGCGAGUGCAAACUUCUUUGCACACAACAAUUCCGCUUUCUAGCGCGGAAAGUCAGUCAGUAUUUCUUCUAUGCUAGACCUGGCGCAAGGCUCCCCUCGUUGUCUUGUUUAUCCUGGGAAAUAUCUUCCUUUUGAUCACAUCUAGACUUGUCAGUUGUUUCCUGACCCAACUGCGACCUCCGACUAACAUAUUCUUGGUAUGAGGCAUCUCCAUCGAAGGGUCGUUCUCCGAUCAAAUCGAUCAUAUCGUCGUGAGUAAUUGUUUCUUUUUCCAGCAGAAGAUUCGCAACUUUUUCUACUUCAUGUUUUCUUUCUAUUAUGAGUUCUAUGGUCCGCUUGUAGGCCUCAUCUACCAUCGCUCGUGCCUCGUCGUCCAUGGCCUCUGCUGUGGAAUCACUGUAAGGUUUAUCACCAGGCAUACCAUCGUCGCUUUGCGGAUAGGCUAACUGCCCAACACGAGAAUUCAUUCCAUAAGUCUGAAUAGUGCUGUAAACCAUUUGUGUAACUCGCUUUAGAUCAUCGGAAGCGCCCGUUGUCACUCGUCCAAAAAAUACUUCCUCUGCGGCCCGCCCAGCAAGCGUCUUGCACACAAUAUCCAUGAUUUGUUCCUGUGUUCGCAGAAAGACUUCCUUCGGCAAAUACUGAGCAAAUCCUAACGCCCCACUAGCUCGAGGAAUUAUGGUGACCUUAAGAAGCGGAUCGGCAUGCUCUAGGAACCAUCCUGCCACAGCGUGGCCAGCUUCGUGGUAUGCAACAAUUUUCUUUUCCUUGUCGCUCAUGAUUUUGUUUGAUUCAAGACCACCGAUGACCCGAUCAGUCGCUUUUUCAAAAUCAGGAAAUGUUACACUGUCAGCCUUCCGGCGCGCCGCCACAAUGGCUGCUUCGUUGCAAAGGUUGGCGAUAUCUGCUCCUGCAAAACCAGGAGUAAGACCCGCCAAUCGGCCCGCGUAUUCUUCCACCUCCCCCUCCAGAUUUAGCCCUUCUAGAUGAACGCCAAAAAUUUCUUUGCGACCCUGGAGAUCGGGACGAUCAACCGUAAUUUGACGGUCGAAGCGACCAGGUCGAGUUAAAGCCUGAUCUAAAAUGUCAACACGAUUGGUACCAGCCAAAACCACAACACCGGUCGUUGGGCUAAAACCAUCCAUUUCGACAAGAAGCUGAUUGAGUGUAUUUUCCCGUUCGUCAUUUCCGCCCGAAAAACCACCACGACCACGCUGGCGACCAACGGCAUCGAUUUCAUCUAUGAAAAUUAUGCAGGGCGUAUUGGCUCGAGCCUCUUUGAAAAGAUCUCGCACCCUUGAGGGUCCAACUCCAACAAACAUUUCAAUGAAAUCUGAGCCACUGAUGGAAUAAAAAGGAACCCCGGCUUCACCAGCAACUGCUUUGGCUAGGAGAGUCUUGCCUGUACCAGGUGGUCCACAGAGUAGGGCUCCCUUUGGCGUUUUGGCACCCAGUCUCGUAAAAUGUUCUGGCGACGACAAGAACUGGACAAACUCCAUAACUUCUAGCUUAGCCUGUUCACAUCCUGCCACGUCUUUGAAGGAGACAUUUACAGUUUCGGGAUUGACUUUCUUGGCGUUCGAUUUGCCGACCUGGAAGAUUCCACCCGGUCCACCACCACCGCCACCUCCUAUGCCUCCCGCGGCACCUCCGCCCAUCAGACCUCGUGAAUAGUAGAAUAAAAUCCCUAGCAUCGCCAACAUGGGUGUCAGCUUGAUAAAUUCUUGCAAGAUAUUUAUUUCGUUGACGUAUUGUAUCGGCACCCACUCCCGCGGGUGGACAUCCCCCUGUGCCUUGCUGAGUUUUCCUUCAAAGGAUUCGACACUUCCGAUGUAAAAGUGAUAUACGGGUGUGUUCUUGGCAGCGAGACCGCUAUCAUCCGAAGCAGAAAAGUUGUUGGCGUUGCCGUCGCUACUGUCGAACUCCAAAAUGGUGUCAUCCGAGGAUUGCGAUUCAAGAACAGCGGGAUUGGUUUCGUGUCCACUGGAUGUCCUGGCAGCCGAUAUGGUCGAAGACGAUGAAGAUUGACUAUUCGAUGGCAUACCCUUGCUUCCCGGAUGCAAAAUCACACGAGCGAGGCUAUUGUUUACGACGACAAUUUUAUCUACCUGGCCUGUGUCCAAGAGGUGGUUUCGAAAAUCGACGAAGGUUAUUUCUCCACCGUUGCGUCCGCCCUCGUUUUCGUCGUCCUCUGACUUGAAAAAGUUGUUGGUCGCAGAAAUCAAUAGCAACAGAGCAAUCAUUGCCGGUAUAUUUUGUGGCUCGUUGUCCUCUGGCGGAGGAAUUCCAGAACGUCUUUUUUGUCGUUUCCUUUGUUUUCCAUCACCGGCCUUCGAUUUGAGUGUUGCUUGUUUGGAAUCGUUAUUUUCGUUGUGAUUCGCAUGCUCGUUACUUGAUGCUUUCCCCGAUGAUUUGGUCCCGGAUGCAGAGAGAUCGGCAUCCCCUUCCUUUUCUUUGGGAAAAAAGUUUUCAAACCCCUUCGGUAGUUUGGUCAUAAACCAUGGUGUAAACA